CAUUUCUGUGUUUCUUCUUAGUAAUUUAAAAUAUGAGUUAUCAGCCAGUUCAUGAUUUAGAAGCCAAUAAACCACCACCAUAUACUUCCACUUACGUUUAUGGGAAUCAACCGCCUCCAAGUGCUCCACCACAGGACUAUGGUUCUAGUCAACUAGGUCCUUUUGGUGAUGAUGAAGAUAUUGGCAUAUCUUCUUUCAGUGAGAAAACUGUGAGGCAAGGUUUCAUUCGUAAGGUGUAUUCCAUUUUGUUUGUUCAACUUUUGGUAUCAAUUGCUAUUGUUUGUCUUUUUGUAUUAAGCCCACCAGUUAACUCUUAUGUGCGAAGAAAUCAAUGGAUGUUUUGGAGCGCAUGGAUCCUGACCAUUGUUUUCAUGAUAGCCAUUGCUUGCUGUGAAAAUGCUAGACGAUCAUACCCACUGAAUUUUAUCCUGCUGGGAUUAUUUACACUGUGCGAAAGUUAUUUAAUUGGGGUGGUAUCUGCACAUUACAAAGUCAACGAAGUCUUAAUGGCUAUGGGUAUAGUUGCAGUCGUCUCUCUUGCAAUCACACUUUUUGCUUUCCAAACAAAGUAUGAUUUCACAAUGAUGGGAGGCUGCCUGUUUGUUGCAGUUAUUGUAUUGUUGUGCUUCGGAAUCUUAACAAUCUUUUUCCAUAGCAAGAUCCUUCGUUUGAUAUAUGCUUGCAUUGGUGCUCUUAUUUUUGGGCUGUAUUUGGUUAUGGACACUCAGUUAAUGAUGGGUGGAAAUAAAAGAUACUCCAUCAGUCCAGAAGAUUAUGUUUUUGCAGCUCUGAACUUAUACAUCGAUAUCGUCACUUUGUUUCUUUACAUUCUGGAAAUUAUUGGUCUCGCAAGGAAUUAAAAUCUUGGAGGCAUAAAUUAAUGCUACAUAUGUGUUCUUACCAGUCGACUCCAUACCUCAAAUGGAAUAACAAUCGUUUUUGGCUUAGCUUAGUAUAAUCAGCAUAGCUUGUUUUAAUGUUAACUAAUCGUUAUUAUAGAGAUCUGUGAUAUUUAACGCAAUGAUGUUUUAAAAGAAUUUCUAACACAGGUCUAUGUUAGAUAUUAUUAUUAUUAUUAUUAUUAUUAUUAUUAUUAUUAUUAUUAUUAUUAUUAUUAUUAUUAUUAUUAUUAUUAUUAUUAUUAUUAUUAUUAUUAUUAUUAUUAUAAUUAUUAUUAUUAUUAUUAUUAUUAUUAUUAUUAUUAUUAUUAUUAUUAUUAUUAUUAUUAUUAUUAAUCUUUUCGUUUCCUUAUUGUUUAGUGGGUUCUUUAUUUUAUUUAGUUAUUUUAUGAAAAUUUGACAGGCUAAUGAGGUAGAAAUGAAGGGGAAAUGAUGAUCGUUUAGAUGGUCUAGAAAUAGAUCACCACUUUCUUCACAAUAUAGAGAAUUUUUUGUAUGAUGCAAUGGUUAUAAAGUAGGGACCAGUAUUUAAGCAUAACAUUUUGAAGUAAAACUUGUAUUUAUAUUAUUGUUUAUGUACUGGUAUUUUGUUAUUGUUAUUAUUUGUUGUGAUGUUGUGAUGAAGUUGUGAAUGUAUUAGUUCUAAAUUUGUAAAAAAUAAAACAUUGUAAGAUGCAUCAAUGGAUUAGUAUAACCAAGUAAUCUUAGAAUCAUAUUGUUGUAAGUUAUUCUAUAGAUCGCAUUAAUAUCUUGAGUUGUUCCUUUAGUAUAUUUUAUUUUGUUGCAUUGCACUUGUUACAGAAUUGUUACAAAGAUGACAGCACGGUGUGAAACUAUUUUAAGCUCCAGUGUAUUUUUCUUUGUUUACUUUGUAGUGCAUUUAUGUUGUCGUAAUAACGGAUUUAAAUUGAAUAAUUGUAUUUA